CCACUGAGACCAAUUUUCAUUGGUAUUUGGGACAAAUAAUAAGUAACGAAGGAUUCAUGGAAUACUGAUCCAACAGCACCGAAGAAGGCCAAGGCAAGUUAACGUGUAGAGAUAUGGUUGGGCCACUGGAGAAGCCGCUAAUGGGGACCCGAAAAGAAGAGCUUGGCUGUUUCCCCCUACUGGACACACUCGACGCUCCCAACAAAACUGCCACCGGUGCCAUUUGUUUCCGUCAUCAUAACCAAAACCUGCUUUCUCUACAUUUGCCUUCUUUUCUCUCUUUUAUUGUCCUCUUACUUUCUUUCUCUCUUAGUGUUGCUCUUUCUGGGAUACAUCAAGAAAAUUUUCUAUUUCUAUUUUUUUUUUUUUUUUACUUUUGGUUGGUAGGACUUAGGAGAUCAGAUAAAUAAGUUGAAGGGACAGAUAAGAUACAGAAUCGGAUUUUUAAGGAAUCUUAGGUAUAUUGCCUUUUUUUAUGCCUAGGAAGUGCCUCUUUUUUUCUUUUCUUUUUUUGUAAUCUUAGAGACUAGAGUUAGAGAAGCUUGAGGAUGAUUUAAAUUUCCGACCUUUUAAAGCUUUUUCCUGACCAAAAAAAGGUGAAAAAUCUGUUUCCAAGCUGGAGCAGAGACAGAAGAUUCAAAGUCGUGCAAGAAAAGAACACUAGAGUUGUCUUGUUCAAGUGGCUUUGCUUAUAAAAAGUAGGGAACUGAAUAGGUUCCAAAACUUGAUAUUCUCUAUUGUUUUGUUUUGGAUAAUUGAAAUUUAGAGCAUAUAAUGGAUUUUUGGCCAGAGUUUCUUGCAAGUAGCUGGGGAAAAGAAUUUGUGGCUGGAGGUUUUGGUGGAAUGGCUGGUAUCAUCUCCGGUUAUCCACUUGACACCCUUAGAAUCCGGCAACAAAGCACCGAUUCAGGUUCUGCCCUUAGGAUCUUACGCCGGGUUGUAGCCACGGAAGGACCCGGUGCUCUCUAUAGAGGCAUGGCUGCGCCAUUGGCAUCAGUCACCUUUCAGAAUGCUAUGGUUUUCCAGAUAUACGCCAUUCUUUCACGAGCAUUUGACUCGUCUGUAUCUGCCACCAAUCCACCAUCCUACAAAGGUGUUGCUCUAGGAGGGGUUGGAACUGGUGCCUUACAGAGCGUCAUGCUCACUCCGGUAGAACUAAUAAAAAUCCGCCUGCAAUUGCAGAACACAAGUUUCCCAGGUUCUCAAUCAGUCGGUGCUCAUACAGGACCAAUUAGUGUAGCUAAAAGCAUACUGAAAACAGAAGGCUUAAGGGGGAUAUACAGGGGUUUUACCAUCACCGCCCUUCGAGAUGCGCCUUCUCACGGCUUCUACUUUUGGACAUACGAGUACAUGCGAGAACAGCUUCAUCCGGGGUGCAGAAAGAGUGGCCAAGAAACCCUCAGAACAAUGCUAAUAGCAGGAGGUUUAGCAGGGGUUGCUAGCUGGGUUUGCUGUUAUCCCUUGGAUGUUGUAAAGACUAGACUGCAGGCUCAGUCACCAGCCUCCCCACAAAAGUACAAUGGCAUCAUUGAUUGCCUCCACAAAAGUGUAAAACAGGAAGGAUAUAGCGUCCUAUGGCGAGGGCUAGGAACUGCUGUCGCUCGAGCUUUUGUAGUCAAUGGGGCUAUAUUUUCUGCUUAUGAGAUUGCAUUGAGGUGUUUAUUCAACAAUGGAAACAUUCAGACAGGACACAAUCUAGAAUAAACUGGAGUUUACAAAAGAGUCAAGAUGGUCAAAAACACACACCAUGUGACGAUAAUUCAAUAACCCACCUAUUUAUAGCUGAUAAGCGCAGGUCAAGGAUUAUGUAUGAUAUGCCAAGAUGUUGAAAGUCUAAUAUAUUCUUUACCCAAAUGUUUCCAGAAAUGAGAAACAAUUGAAGAGAACUUAUGGUAA